AUGGCAAUGACACCCAAAGCAGCGAAGACAUCCGUCACUGGCACCAGCAACAAUACCAGACCGUCAACCAACCGCACACCAACCGCUUCCAGCAACACGAGCGCACCAAGUCACAGCCCUUCACGAAUGUCGGCAGCAGCAGCAGCAGCAGCAGCACCCCAGCAACCAGCAGCAGCAAGCAACGGCACCGCAGCAGCCUCUACAUCAGCAUCAGCAGUGGACAGAACACGCUCCGUCCGCAAUGGCGCCCCUGUCUCCGCCCGCGCAGCAGCCGCCGCCCGAAAAUCACAAGCAGACCUAGAUCCCACCGCCUCCGACCUUAAAGCCGAAACGCAACUGAAAAUGGACGAGCUAGCCGAACGUCUCCAAGCCGCCGACCAAGCCCUCACGGACUCGCAGAAGCAGGCCUCGGUCUUACGAAUGAAAUUGGACGACGCGUUGCGAGAGCAAGGGAUGCUGGAGGAGCAUGUUCAUGAGCAUACGGAGCGGAUUGAGGAGCUGGAGGUGGAGAGGAAGGAGUCUUUACGGGCGAAGAGGGAGUUUGAGCAGAUUUAUGAGGAUGAGAGGGUGGCGGCUAUGAGGGAGAAGGAGGAGGCGGGGAGGCGGGCGGACGAGAUGCAGAGUUCGAUCCAGCGGAUGAAGGAGAAUAUGGCGCAGCGGGAGAUGAGGGCUGGGUUGGUGGAUGAGGAGAGGAGGCCGGGUGUUUCACGGUCGAGUAGUUUCAGGAGUAAUACCGCCUCGCCUAAUCCUGAUUCAGGAGGUCCCGUGGCGCACUUCGCUCCGCCUACUUCCUCGUCGUCGUUGCAGAGGAGCGAUUCGCAGUCCCGAUCCCGACUGGUGAAUCAGAAGGAUAAGAUUAUCGAGGGUUUGAGGCUGGAGUUGGCCGAGGUGCAGAUUAAACUCGUGGAGGUGGAGAAUAUGGGUGGAGGGAGGAUGCAGCAGUUGCAGAAGGAAAUGUAUGAGAUCAAGAUGCAGAAUGCACGGCUCAUGGAGGAGAAUGAGAGUUUUCAGUUGCUGUUGACGGAGAAGACGAUGAGUGGCGAUUUCUUGCAUCGGAGCGCUGAGACCUCGUCGAGGCCGCCGAGUAGGAAUCCGGCGGAUAGGAAUGGUGGGGCUGCUGCAAGGCCGAGUACUUUGGCCGAUGAAUUGGCGAGUGAGGCUGAUAGUAUGGAGGGUGGUGAUGGGGUGAACACCACGGAUCAAAGCAGGAGGUUACAAGUGGAGGUCAAUAGUCUGAAGGAUCAGAAUAAGGCGCUGACGCUGUAUAUUAACAAUAUCAUCUCGCGACUGCUGAUGAGCGACCAGUUUGAGCAGAUCCUCGAUAAGACGCCGGAUAUGCUUUCUGGAGCUCCGGGGAUCGGUGCAUCCUCCGCCGUUACAUCAACAUCUGGGCCGACUACGAGAGGGAUGGGAUUGACCGCAGACCCGAGACAGAAGGAACUACCGCCUCCACCUCCCCCAGCGCAUGUCGCGGCCGCCAGCGAGGGCGAGGACACGAUCGAAGACCAACCGCAGGGGUUCCUCCAACGCGCUAGGAGCGUGAUGGGAGGCCGGCGCGGAAGGCCCAUGAGCCAGGCUGUUUCUGCUUCGGAUCAGGAGAAAUUGGCACAGCAGCUACAGGUUGCUGAAGCCCGACCGACGGAGAACCCGGAGACGGCGCCGCGGGUUCCUCUCAAUCGAGCUAAUUCCACCCGCGGCGGAGGCGGAGGUGGUGCUGGUGCUGGUGGUGGUGGCCAUAGACGCACGAACUCAGAUUGGCCGGCUGCGGCUGCGGCGGGCGUGGUGACGAAUAUGUAUCGUGGACCUUCUCCGGGCUCUUUGCCGCCGCAGGGGCCGGUGAGUCCGGGUUUGGGGUCGCCUACGCAUGCGAGGAAUUCGUUCUUUGCGAAUGCGACGCCGUUGGGCGUCCGGGUUGGUAGUGGGUCUGGUGGGGGGCCUGUUCCUACGAUCUCUGAGACUGGGGUGCAGGCAGGGAAGGAGAACCAGGUUCCACCUCCCACCGCAGCACGCAAUCGCAGUUCGGUGAUAUCGAAUCAUGGCGGUAACGGGAAUCUGGAUCCGAAUGAUAUCCCUACGGACUUGGACGCACCGACCUCCAACCCUUCCUCGCCUCCGAGGUCUACGACGAGUUCAGGCGGCGAGAAAGAUUCUCGGACGGGGGGGUCGGUGAUGAUGGGGUCGAAGCCGCGACCGCUGAGGCUGGUGCAGAAUGCUUCGGCUGAGGAUGAGGCGAAGAAGGCGGGGAAUAGGAAUUCGUGGUUUGGGUGGAUGGGGAAGGGGGUCGGGGUUGGGAGUCCGCCUGUUGCAUCACAGCAGCAGCAGCAGCCGAUGGGACUGGGUUCCGUGGGCAGGAGUGUUAGUGGGAGUGGGCAGCAGGGUGAGGGUGGAGGGCAGUAG